AUGCCCGAGACGAACUAUCACAUAUACUGCUUUGCUGAAGAUGAUUGGCCAGCGGAUGCCAUGGGUGCCACGAUACGUUCGCAGUCCUACACAGGCAGCACGGCCAUACCGAACAAGGUUUCUUUGGACGAUGUCUUAAAUUUCAGUGACAACUUGCUCUUUGUGCCACGCACUCUGGACGAAGCGGCUCCAAGCUUCACACUUCUUGAGAUCCAGGAUCCGACAGCGCGGAAUGAUCAGAUCCAGGUCGUUUUUGCUUUGAACGAGGCAAGUGACUUCGACACUUUGGUUUGA